CCGUUCACGUCUCUUGAUAUUGACUUGCAUGCUGUUGCGCUCUCUCUCGCUCUCUUUCUCGCUCUCUCUCUCUGGUUGUCUAUCUCUCUCUCUUUCUCUCUCUCUCUUUCUCUCUCUCUCUCUCUCUCCCUCUCACACUCUCUCUCUGGUUGUCCUUGUGAUAACGAGAUAAAGAAGCCGAACAACACUGAAGCCAAAGAACAGAGGGAUGAGAUAGACACGGUUGGAUCAAGUAGCUGUACUCAUUAUAGCCGAAUUAUUAAAUGAAGUGGAACAUAGCCUAUGUAUUGACUAAUAGCCUAGCAACGCCAUAAGAUGCGUCUUUCGUGAUAUCUUCACGGAUCUUUUGAUCUGCCAAUUUUUUUUUAGACUCAGACUGCGCUUUUUCAGUGUUGUUGAACUAGAUAGACAAAUCCUAUGUUUUUUUCUCAUAACUAUUGAUUUCUGACGCCGCCAACCUGAAGUUCAUCGUUAUCAUCUUGGCCGCCGGGAUGGUGGCCUUCGUUGGAGCAGUCAUCUGCAUCAUCGCCGCGGUCCAUACCGGCUCCGCUGCCGAAUCUCAGCAGCAGCCUGUGGCAGACAACCAGUCCCAGUCUCCGGACGCUGGAGUGCAGCAGACUUUCCCCGGGGGCUCCGUGGCGCGAGCGGGUCCACUGGGCGCUCUCCAUGGUUCUGAAACGCAGGACGGAGAAGCGCCCACUUUCUUCCACGUCCCCAGCGGCUCAGACGGCAUUGGUGGAACUAGGCAGGUUAGCAGACUUAUCUGCACCCCAGUCCCCGCCGGAGAAUGCAACCCCAAAAACUUUCAGCAACAAGCCGACGACCCGUCGCUGUUCGCGGGUGAGGACUGGGGAUACCUCCGCACCACGGCAGAGGAACUCAAACAGACAGUUCUCCAGCAGAAGGACCAGAUUAUCACCGACCAACGGACCAUUAGGGAUCUGUCAGGCAAGCUUUCGGAGUGUGAGAGCGGGAUAGAGGGGCGUAGAGUACCGGAGAGUAGCGCGGGGCUCUGGGGAGGUAAGAGGGUAGAUGAGGGCCGGCUCAUGGUCCGGGACAGUGCUCCGUCGUCGUCUGUGGCACAGCUGCUCACCGCCCAGGCUGUAGGCGAGCUGGAACAGGCUAUCGUUCAGAUGAAAGACCGCAUAGAGAAACUGGAGUCAGAUAUCGGACCGCUGGCGCUCUCUCACAACCACACGGAUGCAGCAACUGCGGUGACUUCAAGAGGGGCAGGUGGUGGUGGGCUCUCUGAGGCCCCUGAUCGUUGGGGUGAGGCAGGGCUAGUGGGGCAGGCCCGGACAGGGGAUGGACCAGAGCAGUGGCCACGGAUGGAGGAUCUGGAGGGAGAGCUUGAGAGGAAGCUGGAACUCCUGGAGAAGGAGAGGAAGGCCCUGCGAAAGGAAUCCCAAAGACACAGGCAGGAGAUUGACCAGGGGAUCAACUCCCUACACCACCGCAUCGCUGGCCUGGAGGAGGGACUCUCAGAGUACACCUACCCCGAGGGCUACAAGCUGUCCUUCCCAACACGUACCAACUAUAUGUACGCGGUGGUACAGCACCCCAUCCCUGAGCUGCGUGCCUUCACCGUGUGCCUCUGGCUGAGACCCGCCGAGGGGGGCAUCGGCACCCCUUUCUCCUACGCUGUGGCAGAGCAGCCCAAUGAGCUAGUUCUACUGCAGGGCAUGCACACCCCUGUGGAGCUGCUCAUUAACGACAAGGCGGCAGAGUUACCUCUGAACCUGUCCCGGGGCAGCUGGCACCACAUCUGUGUAAGCUGGAGCCAGAGAGGCGGGGCGUGGCAGGCCUACCAGGGGGGCAAGCUGAGAGGAGAGGGGCAGGGCCUGGCAGCCUGGCACCACAUCAGGCCUGGGGGAGUCCUCAUCCUGGGGCAGGAACAGGACACUCUGGGCGGACGUUUCGACUCGUCCCAGGCCCUGGUGGGGGAGCUAUCCCAGUGGAACUUAUGGGAGAGGGUCCUGACCCCCAGCGAGGUGUCCAGCCUGGCCCACUGCAGCCAGCACGGCCCCCAGCCAAAGGGCAAUGUGGCCCCCUGGACCAACCGGGAAGUAGAGGUGUUCGGAGGAGCCAUCAAGGUGCCCAGGGAGCCCUGCGCUGCUAAACGCAUCAACACCUCACUGUGAGGGGAAGGGAGCCAGGGACCUUAUUCACAAAGCGUCUCAGAGUAGGACUAGUGAUCGAGGAAAAAUCAAUACAGUUACAUAUUGCAAUACUAUUUUGGACAUAUUAUAGCAAUACUUUGUGUUAUUGUUGCUAGGUAGCGUUACCUAGAGCUAGUCAGCUAUGCCUGCGUCAAAAAUCAGUUUUUUUUGUUGCUCUCCAUCUUCUUUUUAAAUAGUGAGGCAACAUGUUUUCAAUGCUUUUAUUUCCAUGACUGGUCAAAACUCAUUUCUCAUGCUCUCUUGUCUCUCUGCAGCAGACAUUUUGAGAGCAAUAUCUUUGGAACAUCAAAUUGCAAUAAAAUCGCAGUAUCGAAUCAAAAUACAUAUAGAGUUGUGAGAAUCACAAUACAUAUCGUAUUGUCACCUAAGUAUCGUGAUAACAGUCGUGAGAUCCCUGGCAAUUCCCAGCCAUAAGUAGAACUGUACAUGUCAUAUGUACAUGUAAUCUUAUUUAUUAUGAUCUAAGGCAAAGCUGAUCUUUCAUCAGCAUUUCUACUUUGAGACUGAGAGCCCAGAGCUGUGUUCAGUAGGGCAAAAACACUGCGGAGGUAACGUAUUUCUAUCUGAACGACUUGUUAUGUAGAACAGCAGGAAUGCCUAACUGACAUGUCGAUUAAGGAAUCAUGUGAGCUCUAUUCAUCACAUUUCUAUCUGCAACGUUCAGCAUAUUGUGCAUUUGUGAAUUUGUGAAGUAAAUUGGCGGGUGGAGCUCGGGUGAAAGGGAGUCAGGGAAUAGGGGAAUGAAGCACAUUGUUAGAAGUGGGAGUAACACUGGUUUCGUAACUACUCAUGAAGACUAUUUAUCCCACAAGGGGAAAUGUUGUUCUGCUUUGCAUGUUUUAUUUAUCUAUGUUUUACAUCUAUUGUUGGUGAAGUUUAUUCAGAGCUACAGGACAGAGAGUGGGUAGGCUAGCCAUACCUACGUCUACAUUUGAACUGCUGCUUUGGACUUGGUCUGUGGCCAGGCACUAGGCCCUAGGAGGCCAUUUUGUUUCCUCAAUAGGAGCUAAAUAUAUUGGGUAAAUAAAUAAAUAAAUUAGCUUUCUCUAUCCUCUGACUUGUGUCUAACGGAAGGGGGAUAACUCAAGUGUACAUUAUGAUUUUAUACAGCAUUUUAUAUGCAGACAUUAAGAACACACAACCGUGUCUGUAUUGCAUUGGUUUGUUAAAAACAUUUUUUUUGUAUCAACUCGCUUGAAAACAGCAUUCUUACGGUCUCUCUUUUCAUAUUCCUUCUCGUUAACAUUUGUAUAAAUCGUCUGUAUCUUAGUAGUGCGGCACGGCUAAUCAUUCCCUAUGACUAAUAAGAACUACAGAUAUAUAGAUAUGACCUCAUUUAAAUUCAAUAACUGUACCCAGUAAUGUGAAUGUGUGGCUUGAAUUGAUCCAGAAAAUACGUCUUAGUUUUUGUCAGUGGUAUUACUCAAGCUUACUGGCUAACUUUGUUGCACAAUAAGGUAGAGCACAAGGUUUGAUACUUUCUAGACCACCAGAAUAGGUAUUGGUACCAAGUUGUACCGAAAUGUAUAAACUGUGUUAUUUCUAUAAUGCCUUUAUAUUCAAAGUAAAAAGUCAUAGAAAUAACAAUGGGUUUAAAUGCGUCGUUAUGUAUCAAUGCACACCCAUAUAUAAUUCAAUGUAUGGAAUCCCCCUUGAUCUUCGACACCUUGUGACAUGCGGUGAAGUCUGAGGCCGGGUAGGCACAUUGAAUAAAAGCUGUGUUUAUCGGUAUGACACGAUCACAAAGAUAACCAUCAAACAACCACGACCAACCAUCAAACAGCAGCAGAUAGGCGGCGCAAUCAUUCGACACUCUUUCAUGGGCUGUCAUUGCUUGUGCCCCACACAACAGCCCUGCACGAACAGGCGACUUUCAGCACCACAGACAGCGACCCAAAUGCUAGCGAGUAGGUCUACUUGUAGACAGCGCGACACACACAAAAUGCCUAGUAGUCAGCACUACUGACUGAGAUAUAUACUUUCACUUCUCUGGGCUAUGUGAUAGACAUGUAAUGUCAUGUAAUGUCAUUAGACAUAUAAUGUCAUAACAGUAGGCAGCGCUGCUGUUUACCUGUAAAAAAAUACAUUUGUCUAUCCUUCUGGGUAAAGACGUCAGUGACUGAACUGUAAAACUCCUCCCUGUUGGCCCUCAGUUUUCAAAGUCUCUUGGUCUCAAUGCUAUGGAGAUGAUGGCAAGGGGUGAGAGUGGUCCUUGAUCGCUCUGGCUUUCGACUGUAUGUCUUUAUCUGUAUCAGCGCAGAAAAUGACUUCUCAAUGGAUGCUGCUGUGGCUGGUGUGGUGAGGACCAGCUGCAGUGACUUUGUUGCCUUGUGACAGUCUGUGUCAGGUCACGCUGGAACAAAAAGCUGAGGAGCUGUCCAGUAUCAUUUGUGAACUGUACAAUCUGACAAGAUCAGCCUUAAGUCUAACAAAAGUACUUGGCCAUAUUUAGACAGGCUCUUGUUUGCUGGUGUCAAAUUUUUGUGACAUUGUUUCACACUUUUUGCAGUCCACUAAGCCAAGGAAAUUAAGUUCACCAAAGUGGCCAAACCUGGCUCUCAUCUGAACAUUGAGAUUGUCCAGUAUGUUGUUGUAGAUUUUUCCCCUCUCUACUCUGAUCGGCUGUUUUACUACGAGUUUCGUGCCAGGCCCAGAUCAUUGCAUUUCUGCUCAAAUCGCUCAUUGAAACGAUCAAAGUCGUGUCACUGCCGUCCCAGUGCAUUCAUUGUGUCACUGAUCUGGGUAUGGCAGACACCCAUAUCCAUCAAUUUGUUCUGCAGAACACGGGAGAGCGCAUCAGUAUCCUUGAAUAUUCAAUCAUAGGUCAAGAGCAAAAAGGAAACACGGUGGCGGUCUCUAGAUGGGUUGCUAACUGGUGUGGUGGAAUUAUUGUAAUCAAAAGGAGAGACUUUUAAGAUUUCUUCAAAACAAUCAAACUUUAUUAUUUAAUUAGUGCAGUAAUGGAGCUGGUCGGUAAUCACCCCUGGAGGUGAUCACUGAGAACUCAACGAGCUAGUUUGAGCCACGGCAUUUUAUAGCAAAAUCCAUUCUCCUUCAGUCUGCAUGACACACAACAGGUGUAUGGAAUGUGUCACAAGGUUAAGAUUUGUAUGAAAGACACUUAUAAUUCACAGCAGACAGUAUCUGCCGUAAAAUCAUCAGAACUCAUUGUGUAGAGACCAGUGUUUGGCCCCCCCCCCCCCAACUCCAUACUGGAGCCAUGUCUCCCUGGUUCCGUAUGGAACAGGAACAUUAACUCAUGCUCUGGAAUGCGGUAUCCCCAAAGACAUUGCAAAUCUUCCAGAGGCCCAUCCUCAGUAGAACACACAGAUGAGCAUUCUAACAACCCCGUAUUAUGUUGCAUAAAACAACCAUUUGAUGCAAUAACAGCAUUAUAACAUAAUCUUGUUAUUUCCACCAUACUGUAAAAAAAAACAUUCAAUAAAGGAAUUGAGUAGUUCCACAUAGAGGCACCUAGGCCUGUUUGAUGUGCUGGCACUGUCAUCGUUGCCGCAAAAUGCCAACUUCUGUUUACCUUAGGUAGCAUGCUGUAACAUCAAUUAGCUAGGGCUUUCAAAAUCUCCCGGUUCUCUUCGACCUUUGCAUUGUGCAUGCCGAUGUUCAAUCUCCGUUGUUCAUUCAAUGUCAGAUCUAUCCGCCAGCUGCCAAAUGUCUUAAGAGCUAUCUGGCUUUGGAGGUGAGACAGGUUUCUCAUAGGCAAAUUGUGCAAGUCGCAGUAACCGACUCUUGUCCACAAACUGUCGCUGGUGUAGAGCAGCAGGCAGGGGAAGGAGUAGAGCCGGCUGCUAGCAUUGCAGCCACAGAGCCAGUCUUUCUGUUGAUACCACUCAGAUUGAAAUGAGCGUGAUACUUUCUGUCCCUUCUUUAGAUGCCGGUCCCUAAACUCAGGUGUUGGUCUUCACACCGUUUCGCUCGAAAACUAUUUCAGAUGCAAUGUGUUAGCCAUCCUAAUCAGCUGACUUUAGCUAGAAGUCAAAUGAAUAUAACCACCAAAAGGCAGCAGAUAAUGUGUGUGACAUCCGUAGGCAGGGGCGAGCUCUGACUAUCCUCUUGCAAAGCUCUCUGCCUGCCUUUCGGCAUCCGUUAGCUGGCAGUAUAAGGUAGAAACACGAAUGUGCAAAUCAUGCCAAUGCCUUUCAUUGAGUUUGAAGUGCUGGAGAAAGGUACAGGGCGAGGUUGCCUUUCCCCUGGCCUCCUUGUGCAUUUUGUACCAGACCACUGCACAUUUGGGAAGUAGCAGUACUAGUACUGACAUCUAUUUGAUCAUGCAGAAUUUUUUAAAUUAUUGAUAACAUUUAUAUGUAUUUAUUUUUCAUUAGUUAUUUUUUUCAUUUGUCUUCACACUGCCUACCCUGCCUACCCUGACCGCACGUCACUGUCGCUGUCCCUGGUUAUGACUUAGUGGCAAGUGCCUGUCCGGGUAUCUUUACCCAUAUUAAAAUUAAUGUCUAUUCAUUUCUCUGCUGAAGUUAUGAUUCCAACAUCAUUUUGCAGUCUGAUCAGUGUUUUGCCUGCCUCUGGUUUGUUUGGCUUAUGUCUGCACUUCUAUGGUCUAUGUGAUGUUGUGGCAAACUGUACAGCUUAGAAAAUGAAUAAGCCAGAUCUUGAUUAACCAAACAAUGUCUUAUAGCCGGUGUUUGGAAAAUUACUCUUUGAAAUACCUGUAUUUUUUAACAGGUUUUUACUUCAUGUGUAGGUCGAUGUUUAGGCAAAUUUGGCAUCUUUGUCUUUUUCCUCUCUUUUCCUGUCAAAGUUGGUAUACUCUAUGUGUGAUUAUGUCCUUGUCUUCACUGGUUUUGAAAUGCACAGCCCGAAAAGCUCAAAUGGCCAAAAGUAAAGUCUAUUUCGAAUGUGA